AUGAACCUGGCCAACCUGACCUCUUCCCGUCCAAAGUCGACCACCCACACUCCCACAAACUCCCAGGACAACCACAAUAACAACAGCAACCACCAUAGUAAUAACCAUGUCAAUGCUGGUAGUCCAGCAGGAGCUAGUUCUUCGGUUGCCUCUUCUCCCUCCCCGUCUCACGGCGGCAUCUCUUCCUCCCCUCGAGAAAACAUCACCUCCUCCAUGCAGCUCAAGGAAACCCGCUUCUACAAACGCAUCCUCGCCGAAGACAUCCCCUGCUAUGCUAUGCACAUUAACUGGCCCCAUACGUACUUACUUGCUUUACUUUACUUACUUUAUCCUUUCUAUCAAAUAUUUACUUACUUCACUUCACUCUCUUCUCUGCUCUAA